GACGCAGGCGCAUUCGAUGACUCUGAGAAAACACCCAUUUUAUACUUGAGUUUUCCUUUCUUCUCAUUCCAAAGUUCAGAUUUCCAACAAGGUAUCACCAUAUAUAUAUACUCUCUGAGCUUACCCCCCGCUCUACCGCUGAUCCUUCAACCCUUCACCCAUCCAACACUUCCCCACGACCAGCCCCUGACUUUCUUUCACUGUAUUCAUAAUGGACCACGAAGACCUCUCGGCUCUCCUCCCGCAAUACGAAUCCCUCACCCACUCCGAGCGAGUCCGGCAAAUGGUCCAACUGGGCCGCAAAUCCAAGACCUCGCCCGCAACAACGGCCCUGAUUUCCACCCUGUCACGUGGGCCACCCUACACACAGCUCCUGUGCCUCCAAACAUGCCACGGAAGCGGCGACCUCGCCGUCGCCAAACACCUGCUCUCCGCCCCCUCGCACGUCCUCAGGAAGCAGGCCAUCCAUUUGAUCGUCUCGCUCGGGACCGACGACGAGCUCCUCGAGGCGUUGAAAGUCGUGCCGGCAAGUCUGCAGAGGGGGACGGUGGGGAGGAUUAGCAAUUUAGGCGCGAGACGGGGGAGGGAGGCUGUUAUUGAGCGGUUCUUGCGGUGGUUGGAGGGGCGGGGAGGGGAUGGGAAGGUUUGGAGGUGCUUGUUGCCUUUUGGAUCGAGGGCUCUCCUGGAGAAGCAUUUGCCCGACCUGGUGGAUGACUUCUCGCUCUUGGAUUGGAGCCAUCUUGCGAAAUGCCACCCGGCACUUGCUCAGCAAACACUGCAUAGAUUGAUUGAGGAUUCCGAAGAAGGGGAUGUCUUGCUGCAGCGUAUCUUGAGGCAUGUUUUCACGCAAUGGAUCUCCCAUGACGCCACGACCGGCUUUGCGCUGGACCUUGUCAGGAAAUCGAUGCCCAAAAUACCACUUGCGGUAUUCCCUAUCGGCUGGCCUGAGCCCCUGCUGUUGAAACGUCGUCCAAGACAAGCUAUCAAUAUCAUCCUCAACGCGGCCGACGACCUCUCCACAGACAUCUUCACCUUCCAAACAGAAAGACUGUGGCGGAAACUCUCUCUGGAGCAAUUUCUCGCUUUGGCGAAGCGCUACCCAUCACUCCUCGAAGGCCCUCUCUUCCCUGACUUGACCACGGAGCAGAAAUUGCCUGCGUAUGAACUGAUCCGUGUGGCCUGGCGGGACGAGAAUGGAGUCCUCGAAUGGGACAUCGCCGAGCACCUCCCUACCAAGGAGAGGAUCGCAGAAGCACGACGACACCUGAACCUGAAAUGGCUGGACACUAACCCCAACCGACGCAUCCGGUAUAUCUCCCUUUUGCCAUGGGACGAAGCCAUAGAGCUACAGAAACCAUAUCUCCGGUCCAGCGACGCUGAUAUCCGGAGCGAAGCGCUUUCGCGCCAGAUCAAAGCAGCUAAAUUCGACAGUGAGCGUAUCGAAGACGCAUUGGAUUUGAUUAUCAGACAUAAGAAUGAGCCGGCUACGAUUCAACGGGAGUUCUUUAGGGCGUUGAAAGGUAUUCCCGCCGCAAGGUUCAAGGAGGGUCAUCUUGGGCUUUUGACGCAGGUUGUACGGAAUGCGUUGGAUUCGGCGGCUGCGACGAUAGCGCUGUAUUUGCUGGUUGAGUUUUUGGCGGGUGUGCUUUCUGUGCACCCGAGGUGGGCGAGUCGGCAGAUGGCGUUGGUGGUCAAAGAAAGAGGUGCUGUUCCCGGACGAGUGCGACUCUCGGGUGUGGUGCCGAUUAAAGAAGUGAUGAGCGUGGUGCAAGAAGAGAUGUCUCCUGCCCUCGAGAAUCUCCUGAGGAAGCAAGAUGCUGCUGCUCUUACGACUCUCGCUCGCGCUUUUGAGGAGUACAUGGAGUACUGGCCCGAGUUACUCUCGACAUGCACCAAAACCCUCGAGAUCCCGGAGAUGGAACGCAGCCAUGAGAUGAUGAUGGAAGCCAUCUACAAAUUCCAGCACCCCGCUUCUUUCUGGACCGAUAUCAUACCCAUUCUUACAAAAGAGAACAAAGACAUUGCUGGCUCGAGGCACAUAGUCAGGAAGAUCCAUCACCGGUAUCAGAACCUCCUGGCUCCAUAUCUCCACCCGAUCGACGCACCGCCUUCUUAUACCCGCAAAAGAGAUGCACUGAACGAGCUCCGAGGCGGUUUCUGGCGCUGGACCCCAGGUCAACAGGAAGCUCUCGCGCAGAUUAUUCUGAAGGAUAUAGCAGAUGAAGACGUUACAUCUGACAAGAAAGUCUCUUAUAUCCGGCAACUCGGCCGCUUACCUUCCGUAGACAUCAACCAUCUCAUCACACUUGCAAAAGAUGGACGGCCAGUUGUUCAAGAAACGGCGCUCAAGGCCCUCGGACGCCUUGAUAGCUCGGAGGGCAUUCCAACCCUGAUCGACGCUUUAGGAGAUGACAGGGGACGAAUUGCGAUUUAUGCACUCCGCAGCGCUCUUCGCGACCUCCCGAAAUCAAAAGCUUUCGAGAUUUUGAAAGCGGUGCCGAGUACGAAAGUCACGGUUGCGAAAGAGACGGUGAGGUUGAUUGGCGAUCUGGAGGCUGAGGAGGCAUUUCAGUGGCUUCUUGAGGCUGAGAAGACGAACCUCCACGCUUCUGUCCGGAAGGCACUGCUUCGAGCACUUUGGAAUUACUUGGAUCGAGAUGAAACCUGGGCGAUUUUUACUCAUGCGGCAGGGGGUCCGGAGCCCGAGGUCGCGAAGGGAGUCAUAUCCAUCCCCGUGGACGGCAUGUCGUUUUCUACUCGACAGAAACACCUUUCCCUGCUGCUCACUCUCCUCUCCCAUCCCGCACCAGAAGUCCGACUUGAGACCCUGCAGCGAUUAAACUCAAUGCCUCUCAGCGAUCCAGAAGCCAUGCUAUCCCCGAGAUUAUUUGAAUUGAUAAGAUCCGAGUACCAAGACGAAGUCUCCUGCACCGUCCGCGCCCUCUUCUCAACCUACGCACGCACCCAAACCCCGCUCAUCGCCCACCUCUACGAAGAACUCACCAGCGAUCGAGAAUUGCUUAUCCGGGUCCACGAUGUUCCAUAUAUAAGCCAGAUCAGCCCGCGCGAUGAGGCGAGACAUCUGUGGCCCGUGACACGGGCGAUCCUCGGGGUUUUGGAGAGGGACAGGUUGAGUGUUAAGAGGAGGGUCAAGCUUAUGUUUGAGGGGCUGCCGUGGGAUGAGUUGAAGGGCUAUUUGGUGGGCGUUGUGCCGGACCUCACGGCUGAUGCGCUCGUCCUCGCUUGUGGCGAGAUCGAGGGCGAAGGGUGGAGUGCGGGGUGGAAGAGGGAGGGAGACGAUUUCGAGGGGACGGAGGGGCUGUUGCGAUGCAGUCCGGAUGAGAGGGCGAGGAGGCUGGCGUUGAGUUUGCUGGUUGCGGGUGUAGGGGCGAAUGGGGAGUGGACGAGGGAGAAGAGGGAGAGGUUGCAGGGGUAUAGGAGUGAUGAGAGUGUGUUGGUGGCGGAAGCGGCUUGGGAGGUGGAGGUCAGGGGUGUGGAUGAUGGGGAAGGGGAGGAUGGAGAGGAAGAGGGGGAUGGUGGUGAUAAAGAAACAGAAAAGGGGGAUGGGGGCUUUGAAUGAUAAGGGAGAGGUCGAGUCCCCAAAAAGACAAGUGCUCAGUAAGCGAAAUCACCGGGAGUCCUCCCCCCUUUUUCAACUAUCCCCUCUCAGAAUGUGGGGUUACAACAUAGUAAGGUAAAUUGUUUUACAAAUUCAGGUGCACCAAAGUGGUGAUAUUUCCUGGUCUUAUCGAUUCAAACUCUCAGCAUCUGCUUCGUCAAUUCGUUAAGUUCAGUCGUCUUUGCUUUCGUUGCUCUCUCAUUGUCAUU